AUGCAGGAUAGAGAUUCCUUCUGCCAUCAGAUGUCUUUCUGCUUGACUGAACUGCACCUGUGGUCUUUGAAGAAUACCUUGCAUAUUGGGGAUAGAGACAUUGGCAUCUAUCGGUAUUAUGACAAGAAUGAUCCACCAGCAGCAGAGCAUGGUAACUCAGAAGAAAAGCAGAAGCUAGCAGAAUCACGAGAUUAUCCUUGGACUCUCAAAAACAGACGCCCAGAAAAACUUCGAGACUCACUCAAAGAGCUGGAGGAGCUGAUGCAAAACAGUCAGUGUGUGCUGAGCAAAUGGAAGAACAAAUAUGUCUGUCAGCUCCUCUUUGGUUCAGGUGUGUUGGUGUCGCUAAGCAUUUCUGGGCCGCAGCUGGAGAAAGUGGUGAUUGACAGAAGCCUGGUGGGGAAGCUCAUCUCAGACACCAUCAGUGAUGCUCUUUUCACUGAUAGUUUUAUCAUCUUAUCAUUUUUGGCACAAAACAAACUAUGUUUUAUUCAAUUUACCAAGAAGAUGGAUUCUCCUGAUAUAAACAAAAGACUGGAAAAACUCUCAGCCUUGGAUUAUAAGAUUUCCUAUUAUGACAUACCUGGCCCAGUACACAGGACAGCAGAGCGUCAUCUAGCUAUCAAUUAUGUUCAGGAUAUAGUCGUUUGCUGGUGGCCGCUGGUCAGUGAUGAUGCUUGGCCCUGGGCCCCCAUUUCUUCUGAGAAGGACAGAGCCAAUCUGCUGCUCCUGGGUUAUGCUCAAGGAAGACUGGAGGUUCUGAGUUCCAUCCGCACAGAAUGGGAUCCGCUGGAUGUUUGCUUUAGCACUAAACAGCCUUAUCAGCUGUUCACAGUGGAGUGUUCCAUCAGUGUAGACAAAGAGCCCAUGGCUGACAGCUGCGUAUAUGAAUACGUUCGGAACAAAAUCCAGUGUGUGUCAGUCACCAGAAUACCACUAAGAUCGAAGGCCAUCAGCUGCUGCAGAAAUGUUACUGAAGACAAACUGAUUCUGGGCUGUGAAGAUUCUUCAGUGAUUCUUUAUGAAACUCACCGUAGAGUGACUCUCUUAGCUCAGGCUGAACUUUUGCCAUCAUUAAUAAGCUGCCACCCAAGUGGGGCUAUUCUGGUAGUUGGCAGCAACCAAGGGGAGCUGCAAAUUUUUGAUGUGGCUCUAUCCCCUAUUAACAUCCAGCUCUUGGCUGAAGACCACUUACCCAGGGAGACUUUGCAAUUCAAUAAAUUCUUUGAUGUUUCCAGCAGUCUCGUUCAAAUGCAGUGGAUAGCUCCUCAGGAUGUCUCUCAGAAGCCUGAAAGUGGGGACAUCUAUGACCUCCUCUUCCUCAGAUUUGACAGAGGACCUUUCGGUGUGCUUUUCUUUAAACUUGGUGUCUUCACUCGAGGACAGCUGGGCCUGGUAGACAUCAUCUUCCAGUACAUUCACUAUGAUGAGAUCUAUGAGGCAAUAAACAUCCUGAGUGGCAUGAACUGGGACGCUCUGGGCCACCAGUGCUUUAUCAGCAUGAGUGCUAUUGCAAACCAUCUUCUUAGACGAAAGCUCACUCCAGAGAGAGAAGCACAGCUUGAGGCAAGCCUUGGAACCUUCUAUGCUCCAACAAGACCACUUCUGGAUACAACUAUAUUGGAAUAUAGAGACCAAAUCAGCAAAUAUGCAAGGAGAUUCUUCCACCACUUGCUCAGAUACCAGAGAUUUGAAAAGGCAUUUCUCCUAGCUGUUGACAUUGGUGCUCGUGACCUAUUUAUGGAUAUCCAUUACCUUGCACUAGAUAAGGGUGAAUUGGCACUAGCUGAAGUGGCAAGAAAAAGAGCUAGUGACAUUGAUGCAGAAUCGAUAGCCUCUGGAGUUGACCUCCUAGGGCCCUUGGACAGAGAGGACAUGCUAAAUGAAGCUUUUGUUGGCCUAUCUUUAGCACCUCAAGGGGAAGACUCAUUUCCAGAUAACCUUCCUCCCUUUGGUUCCAUCCACAGACAUAUUAUUCAACAGAGAAUACUGAAUGGCUCUUCUAACAGACAAGUAACUGACAGAAAGAAUGAACUUGACAAAGACAUCUGUGCUGGAUCUUUGAUGACUAAAACCUAUAAUGCAGAAGGUACCAGUAUUCAAAGUACCCAAAAUAUUCAAAGUAUAACAGAAAAACAAUGUUAUAGCUUGCAAGUUUUCAGUAAAGAAUAA